AUGGACCUCCCAUUGGAACUGCAGAAGUACAUCGUUCCAGUGAUCACGGAAAGCUUGAAAAUUAUUUUGCGAAGAUGUCAUUGUCAAUGUUCGUUUUCCGAUUCAGGGAUAUAUUUAUAUUAUAAAUAUAAUGCAAUGUCAUGAUGCAUUUGCAUUAGCUUUUUUUAUCCCUCUAGUGUCUGUGUAAUCGUGUGUGAUGUGGUUCUAAGUAUCUGAAAAAGAAGCGGUUCGUUAUGAUUCAGGGACCGCCAGAUAGUGGGAAGACAAGCAGUUUGCUCAUUUCGCUACUAGCUGUUUACGCUUUUCCAGAGGUUGGGCUUUUCUCUGAUGCGGUCGCUGCUGCGCAGGCGGCUACUUCUACAGCAGGCGCCGCUACUGGAGGGCAUGAGGGACAUGAAGGACCUGCUGUUGGAGUGGGGUUUUCUGGAACCAGUACGGCAGGUGAUAGUGGUGCAAAUAAUAAAGGUGGAGGUCGCGGAAAUGCUAAUUCUGCUACAACAACAAAGUAUUCUUCCGGGAAAACAACCAGUCACGCUGGAGGAGCAGGAGCCUUAGGCUCAGCCGCUCUAUCUUCUGGCAAUGGGACAGCUGGAAUGAUUUCAUCUUCGAGUACAAACAUUAUUGGAGUUUCUGGUCUUAGUACCGGAGUUGUUCCUUCUGGUGGCACGACCACGACGGAGUACCUGUCGGGCGCAGGCGGAUUGAAUACCAUCGUACUUGUGUACGAAAGCAUGGAGAAGAGUCGCAAAUUUUGCAAUUUUGCUUUUGGUGCUGAGCAGACGACUUUUAGCUUUGUUGACGGGACACCAAACGAUCACAGCACCAGGUUCACGAAUCGAGCUGGGCCCUAUUAUCCGCGCGUUCUAUACGGCCACCCUAGCGCCGUGCUGUCACUCUUGCGCGGAAAUCUCAAUCGAUCGUCGAACCUGCGUCCGUCCAGCGGCAACGGCGUAGAUCUCAGGGAUUUGGAAGUCUUUAUUCUAGACGACGCAGAGAAGCUGAUCCAGAACGACUGCAUGGACGAUGUCUGCGAAAUAUUGCAGAUCUGUAAAUUUUUCUCAAGGAAGAAGCUACGGUUUAUCAUUCUGUCGGGUUAUAUUUUGAGCAACCACUUUUUCGGAUCGAAUUUCUCGACUACUCGGGAAGGGGCAGGAGAAUUCGGUAGUGGAUUCUGGAACCGCGGCGGGACGUCAUCGAGGAAGGUAGAACAUGGAGCAGGUUCUAGUAUUGGAGCUAGUAGUCGCAUGCUGUCGAGUCUGACAAACAAGGGUCAGAAGCAGCAUUCCUCGAUGCUGCGUUCACUCCGGAACUCCUUAAUCAAGGGUCAAAAUUUGUUCGGGCUCCGCAAGGAUCAGAUCCGCACACGUGCUCGGCGCUGGGUAAAACACUACGCAGUUGUCGCUCGCCGGAAACGAUGGGCAAAGCUUCUCGCUGAUCUUCACAAGACGCUUUCCUUGCCACUGGGUGUGAUUUUUCUCGACCAGGCUAGACUGGAUCUUGCUUCGACUGCGAGCACGUCGCGCGCUGGCGGGCCAAGUCAAGCAGCUGGUGUGCUGCUGAGUAACAUGGCCUCUCCUUCGCCAGCGGAUGUAUCGCAGAAGGACCCUUUUCAGGGUGACCAUAAGAUGGUAGUGAAGGGCUCUCUGGAACGAAAAGACUCGAGCUGCAAGGAUAGCGGAGCAGGAUCAGGCGCGUCUACACCUUCGCACGCUUCGAGUUCGAAAAGCCGAGGUUUCAAGAGUAACGCUGAAUUGGUAAAGAUGCGUUCGGUAGUCAAUCCAUCGUCGCCACUACGGAAUUCGACCAAUAAACCAGCUGCGGGGGGAAACAAGCUGACAGGUGAGAAAGCAUCAUCUUCGACAUCAAAUUCAAAAGAGGACGUACCCUCAUCUUCAUCAGCAGUUGCAUCCUCUACUUCUACUUUAGCUGCUGACGCUCCUCCCGAAGAAAGAAGUAAAACUCUUUCAGGCAAUCAGGGAGAAGAUGACGCAAAAGAUGGUGCAACACCUGAGAUUGAAAGAGAUGAGGCAGCCACGACAGGAGAAGACACUGCAGUAAAAAACGAAGUAGAUAGAAAUACCGCUGGUGGGGUUGCUGGGGCCGAAGCGAAAAACAAGGACCAAGACGGAGCUCCGACAUUAUCAGCAGUGCCUCCCUCAGCAGUGCCAGGAUCGGCCUCCGCAGUAGCCGGCAACACGUCACCCCCGGCGCCAGCGGGUGUCGCUCCGGCUACUAGUAGUUCCAUGCGGAUGCGCAUGAAACCGAAAUCAGCUGCCGAGCGAGCGCGCGAAUUGGCAAAGCAGCAAAGCCUGGCGAGUUCCAAAGGCAGCAGUAACAACAGCAAAGAGCAGCUCGCGGGUGCAGCCUCCUCGAGUGUAGCUACUACCUCACAGCAAGUCCAACAGGCCAGCGCGGAGACGUAUCAGGAUGAGGUAGCAUUGUUGGAGGAGUUAUUGCAUGGACAACUAGCCAUCCACCCCACGCUCGACACGCGCAACGCAGCCGGCGGCUGUGAUUUCUUCCUCACGCCAAGUAACCCUAUCAUACUUCGGGCCGAAGUGCCGAAGGGGCUCCGCUGUGUCGUGCAUCUCGGCGUACUGGAGACGCAUCUCUACGGGCUACGCCUCCUCGCGUUGCAAAUUUCGGGGGAAGAACAGAAUACACGGACGAAGGGAGACGGUUCGCAGCAAGAACACGCAAUUUCUCUUCUCUUCGUCGAGCCGGACGAUGCGAAUUCAACCAUGCGAGAUAUUGAGAAUGAACUAGACAUCACAAUUCAGGUUAUCCCAAACGAACUUCUGCCAACAUGAUUUAACUUACCUGUAGUUUAACUAAAUAUUCUACUGCUGGUGCUCGAAUAGAAUAGGACGAGGUGCACAGUUGUUAUUGAACUUUCUUGAAAAAAUGUUGAUGCAUGUUGUUGAGUGCUGCAAAUUAUUAGCUACUAGUAGUGGCAUAAAUAUCGUGAGUGAAAGGAUCUGCGAUGGGAAUACAGUUCGUAAUAGAACAAGAACGGCAUCACUGUGAUGUUUUCAACUAGUAUUGCAGGUAUUCUAGAUCGGAAGUGUCCAUCGGAACAUUCAGCACAAUCCUUCGGUCGUAAUUGUUGAAGUGACAACAAACCUCAGAAGUUGCAACAUUGUAUACUUUUGGUGAUAAAACAAGUUAAAAGAAAGAGGUCACUUGCAUUUCCUUUUUGGUUGGUAAAAGUGACGCAUGAUGAUCGUGCUUUUCAAAUGGCUCCAAAGGUACUUGCAUAGACUAAUGCUGGUACGUCGCACAGUUCUCCGUCCAUUCUGAACCACAUUUACUGAAGAAACUUUUGGCCUAGGUACAACUGUGCGAAAG